AUGACUGACGCAGCAGAAGACGGCACUUCAUCCGCUGCUCAAGUCACGGUCGCUUCACCGCCGUUCGACAAUCCCGACGCUGAUCUGAUCAUCCGCACGCUGGACCAUGUCGAUUUCCACGUCUACAAGAUAAUACUCACACAUGCCUCCUCGGUCUUCGCCGACAUGGCAGCCUUGCCGACGGCUCCCGACACUGACUCAAGGGUAGUUGAGGUCACAGAAAGCAGUGUUGUGUGGGAUUGCAUCCUUCGCAUCUGCUAUCCCACCGUACUACCUGCGAUCGUCUCGGAUCAGCUCUGGCCGUUACUCGAGGCUGCCAAGAAGUACGAUAUGGCCUGUGUGCGCAACACCGUGGUGAAGGAAAUGUCUACACCCCGCAUGCUAGAGCAAGAGACGCUGCGCGUCUACAUGCUCGCAUGCAGCUACGGAUUCAAUGACGUCGCUGCUGCAGCGGCCAGGGUUAGUCUUCGCCAGACACCCGAGGCGAGGUCAUCUGUACCCGAGCUGCGCUCUGCGACAUCAGCCGCCUACUUCAACCUGCUGCAAUACCGUCAGGAGUGCGUGAAGGCGGCCAUAUCCAUUGCGGAGGACGAACGGUUCCUCCGUAACCAUAGAUGGGACGGGAUGGUAUCGGAGGAAGUGCCAGAUUGGAUCGUGCGCCGAUCCGGACCCGGCCCGGGAGUACCUGAACAGCACCAUCACGCAGAUUGUGCCCAAGGAACCGCAUAUGUCACGAAUUACACAUCAUACCGCAGCACGUUUGACGACUACAUGGCUCAGUCUACUGAAAGACUCAAAGCUCACCCUCACGGCGACGCAGUCUUGGACCCAGUCCUCAUCGCCACUACGGCGCAAGCAGCUGCAUUAUGCAGCAUAUGUAGAAAAGAUAGUGAUGCCAGUGAAAUCAGUCAUUUCAUUAAAUUCCAUGCAGCCCAGAUAGAUGCGGCCAUCGCGAAGGUAGUACUCGUUGUGGAGUCCUGA